AAUCGCGGAGGAUUGACUCUGAUGGGAGUUCCGUUUUUCGCUGUGAUGUAUCAAGGUGCUGUCGAAAUGUCGUCGUCGUCCGUCUCGACGUUGCGUCCUCGUUGACACGCACGUCGGGCUCGAACCAAAGCAACCGUGGAGACGCCGGUUCGAACCGCGGCGGCGGCUGUGGCGGACGGAGCAGGGACUAUGGCGGGUCUCCUCGCCAACUGCGCCUGCUUGGCCUGCUUCUACCGGCUCAAGUACGGCCCCGACGAGCUCGAGUCGCUGCAGAGGAGUCGCAAGAUCGACAAGAUGAUCCAGAAGGACAAGCAGGUGAUCCGUCGGCAAGUCAAGCUGCUGCUGCUCGGUGCGGGCGAGAGCGGCAAGAGCACCUUCCUGAAGCAGAUGCGCAUCAUCCACGGGUUCAGCUUCGACGAGGAAGUGCUGUGCGAGUUCAGGACGGUCGUCUUCCAGAACGUCGUCAAAGGAAUGAAAGUACUCGUGGACGCCAGGGACAAGCUGUGCAUCCCGUGGGGGGACGCCGCCAACGCGCACCACGGACAGCGCAUCCUUCGCUACGAGCCGAACCUGGCCCUGGACUGGGAUACGUUCAGUCGCUUCGCGCCUUCGGUUCGAAUCCUCUGGCAGGACGACGCCAUCAGGACGGCCUUCGACAGACGCGUCGAGUUCCAGUUGGGGGACGGCGUGCGGUACUUCUUCGACAACCUGGACCGCAUCGCUGCCAAGGACUAUGUUCCGACGAACCAGGACAUCCUGCACGCACGCAAGGCCACCAAGGGCAUCACGGAGUUUGUGAUCCCGGUGAACGGCAUCCCCUUCCGCUUCGUGGACGUGGGCGGACAGCGGUCGCAGCGCCAGAAGUGGUUCCGCUGCUUCGACAGCGUCACCUCCAUCCUCUUCCUUGUGUCCUCCAGCGAGUUCGACCAGGUGCUGCUGGAGGACCGGUGCACAAACCGGGUGACGGAGUCACGCAGCAUCUUCGACACAAUCGUGAACAACCGCUGCUUCGCGGAGGUGUCCAUCAUUUUGUUCUUCAACAAGACAGACCUGCUUCAGGAGAAGCUGCAGGCACGGACCACAAGCAUCGCGGACUACUUUGAGGACUUCCGGGGCGAUCCCCACGACCUGCAGCAGGUGCAACGCUUCCUCGUGGACUGGUUCUACUCGGUGCGGCGCAACCGGCACAAGCCCCUGUUCCACCACUUCACGACGGCCGUGGACACCGAGAACAUCAAGGUGGUGUUCAACGCAGUGCGGGACACCAUCCUCCAAAAGAACAUCACACAGCUCAUGCUUCAGUGAGGCGCAGAAAGUGUAAGAGUGGGGUGGCUGUGUCGGCACAUUGCGCGCUUCAUGGCUGCCUUGCGGGCAUCUCUUCGGAUUCUGGGAGGCACUGAAGCCAACUUCAGAGGCCCGGUACCUUCCUCUAGAACAGUCGCAGAAACCCCCGGUUUCCUGGGGCUCAGGCUGGUUCUCUCUCGGUGCCUCUGCUGGAGCAACGAAGCCGGCUUGGAGGAGGACUCCGCAUUGUGGCACGAAGCUUCCGAGUGUUGGAAGGCUCAAGGUGCACUCUGGUAGCAAGUGGUCUCUCUGAAAUGUCCAAGGUCACUCUUGUUACCUAGCAAGACGUCCCCAGCCUUUUCCGAAGCCUUUUACUUCGGGCCCCCGCAGAAAUGUCGCGAGCGGUUAUAAAAAGCACUCAAUGCCGCAACUAGGGCCCGGCUGGGGCUCACAAACAUUAUCCUGGUAAUGCUGAGGGUUCAUCUGUCAUUCGAGGGUUGUAGAAUGCAGAUGUGACCCAUUGGGAACGAUUGAGGGCUUUCUUCCGAAACUCGGAAGUGAGCCGAGACGUCUUUGGCAGUUUUUGGAGCCGUUUUCUGAACGUUGCAGACCGUUUGUCAAAGUGACCAGUAGAUUGCGAAAUGCGAACAGUGAUGAGUGGUCUCCAAGACAUAUCUGACCACACUGAAGACAGUAUGGUACAAAAAUGUUUCGGCACCCUGUGUGCAGUUGUGCUUUCGCGCUAUCACCCACGCCCAAUAGGAGGUUUCUGCCGACAGGGGCGGCAUGGUUUGUUCGCAUUGUGGCUGGGAUGCCGCGGGUCACAUCCGUAUUUGUCGGGGUGUUGCGGGACCAGUUAGUUACCCAUAUUGGGCAAGAUUUUGUUGUGUUAAGGUUUUGUAUUGUGCGAGCAUGCAGGGAAGUGUCGGCGAACAAUCGAGAUGAAUCGGAGUGUGGAACGCGUGCCUUUUACAGCAGCUCAGUAUUAAGUGCUUGCAAAAUGGAUUGUUUUGUUCGUGUGCUCCAGUGUCUGCUUUUGGGCAGCUUUUUGCUCUUGUGAUCUCCUUCCUAUGCAGCUGUGUAGUGGGGGUGCACUGUGUCGAAUGAUUUCACGUGUCAACGAGUUUUUGCUUCUCCCUGAGCCAUUUGAGGAAUCCUUUUUUGUUUGGGGCAUUUCCAUUUAAUACCUGUUUUUUACAAUUUUUUUUAGCUUACCUCACUACUAUUUUUAUUCUGUUAUAUUUCAUUUCAUAGCUUGGUUUUACUGACCAUUUUGGGGCGAGUGGCGAGGAAAACUGCCAGCCCGCGAGGCUAGUACAAAGGUAAAUGGGUCACACGUUCAUUUUAACAGCUGUACUAGCCCUUUUUUUAGUUCUAUAAAGUUGUAUAUUUUGUGCUGAUCAAGUUUACAUAAAUUAUUUUGAGUGCAUAUUCUGGUGUACAACAUUGAAAUUUCUGCCCUCUGCUCAGUUCCAUGCCAGUGCUGUCACCUGCCGUUUAAAUUUCAGUGGAAAAAUGAAAGAACUGUUAAAGCUACGAUUAUUUUUCAGUAUUUUACGAUUGAAUUAUCCUUCUAGUCGUCAAUGUGCAGCUGUAGCGUGUCUCUGCGUAGUGAAAACAGCCAUGGGGCAAAGUAUCCUCCGAAGCAGACGACACAUAAUGUGUUUUCGAAUGUGUCUGCUCGCCCCUCUCUGCCGCCCAAUUUAUGGCCUGCAAAGAUGUGGCAACGGUGUGCAAGUCUGAGGCCGUGUAUUAAGUGUGUGCAAAUAGUGACUUGAAUGAAACUACAUUGAGUUAAAUGUGACUUCUUUUUCACAUCAUAAACUGUCAGUUAAGAAACGUGCAUCCAUGGUUUUCACACCCCACAAACAUCCACAACACAUCGCCAACAAUUUAGGCUAUCGGAUUGGUGUGCUAGCAGUUUCACGACUUGUCAUUACUUAGUGUAGCUUGAUGUUACUUGGCAUUUUCUGGUUUGAAAGAUAAAAGCUAUUUUCGGAACUGGUGAGUCAGAAAACGACGUCAAUUUUUUUUGCAAUAGAUCCUCUUUGCCCCUGUACAUUCCGUGGCUUUUUUGACCACAGUUUUCUCAUUUAAUAUUUGGGAAAAUCGAUUUUAAUGUUCAUUUCUAAAACUGUGUUAUCUUUCAACCGAGCCACUAGCACCAUAUCCUAGUGCAGGUUGGGCUUUCGGCAGUUUUGUAAAUUCUUGCGGUGCAGAAAACAUGGUUCACUUUUCUUCGACGGCACGGACUUCAGAGCUCAAAACAGACUGCAAAUCUUGAUAAUUGGAUGUGGGGAGCUGGAAUUUGUCUCUAAUGUGUGUUUUGGUGACAAAGCAAAACACAGAUUGAAACUUUAUUAUUGCAGUUAAAUUGGUCAAGUAUGCUUUCGAAAAAAUAUUCCAGCUUGAUGCGUGUAGUCCAGAACUAUACAGAUCUAUGUACAGACUACGCAAAUUCUUGCAGUCCUUUUUUCUUGUUUUGUACUUUUUGUCAAGGGAUGUACCUUGUACACCCUUCGAAUAAUGUGGCGCUAUUAGAUUUGCACUACCAUUACCACACCUCCUGUGUAAAUACUAGAUGUCUAAAUAACAUAGUAGUCUUUUUUACCUAAUGUCUCUAUGUUUUGACGGGUGUUUUUUUUUUCCUAGGCUGCUUUCUUGUUCGGUACAUUUUGAUGUGGGCCCUGUUAAACUGUUGCGUCGACAUGAUCCUGUGAUUGGGCAUUUUGAACAUGUUACCUGUGUCACAAAGCAUAGAUUAUCGGUAACUCUUCUCGUCCCUUGUGUCACCGGUGGUCGUUUUAUUUGUUGACCUGUCCUAAUUUUUGGUGUAGAUGUUGUACCGUUGGUAACCAUGUUUCUUUUGCUUAUUCGUUAUCUUUGCCAAAAAUUGUUGGCAUGGCUGCUUUCGUUUCAGGUGCAUCGUUUCUCGUCUUUCCAGUUUUAUCUCCAGUUUUGCAAACUAGCACAGAACAUAAGUGGUGACAAAACACCUGUGGAUAACUCGUAUACUAGAGUGUAUGCAAAUACAUUUACGAAGCUAAAGGAACCACUUCGUCUACUUCAAACUGCCAGAGUAGUUGGGAGAUUCUCCGUGCCUUAGGGAGGGGCUGCUUGUAAAAAGGGGUGGUUGUAAAUAGUCUGAGAUGUUAAAAAGAGAAAAGAAACUUUAUCUAUCUUGAAGGUGACCUGCCAAAUUUUUUUUAACUUCGAUAGUGUUUGUAUUUUGAGUUCCCACAAUAAAAGUUGUCACUAGA